GCUGAAGCACCUCCCCGCGCGGCCACGUGGACGGCGGCGCGGCGGAGCUCGGUCGCUGCGGCACCAUGAGCGUGGGCUUCAUCGGAGCCGGGCAGCUUGCCUUCGCCCUGGCCCGGGGCUUCACGGCAGCAGGGGUCCUGGCCGCACACAAGAUCACGGCGAGCUCUCCGGACACCGAGCUGCCCACCGUGAGCGGGCUGCGGAAAAUGGGCGUCAACUUCACGGUGAGCAACAAGGACACGGUGAAGAGCAGCGAUGUCCUCUUCCUGGCCGUGAAACCCCCCAUCAUCCCCUUCAUCCUGGAGGAGGUGGGCCCUGACAUCGAGCCCCGACACAUCGUGGUCUCCUGCGCGGCCGGCGUCACCAUCAGCUCCAUCGAGAAGAAACUCUCUACCUUCUGCCCCACACCAAAAGUGAUCAGGUGCAUGACCAACACCCCUGUGAUUGUCCGGGAAGGUGCUACAGUCUAUGCCACUGGGACUUACGCAGAUGUGGAGGAUGGGAAGCUCCUGGAACAGCUGAUGGCCAGUGUAGGCUUCUGCACUGAGGUGGAAGAGGACCUGAUAGAUGCUGUAACGGGGCUGAGUGGCAGUGGCCCCGCAUAUGCAUUCACUGCGCUGGAUGCGCUGGCGGAUGGGGGAGUGAAAAUGGGACUUCCUCGCAGGCUGGCUGUUCGACUCGGAGCACAGGCUUUGCUGGGCGCUGCCAAAAUGUUGUUAGAAUCUGAGCAGCAUCCUGGCCAGCUGAAGGACAACGUCUGCUCCCCUGGGGGAGCCACCAUCCAUGCCCUGCACUUCCUGGAGAGCGGUGGAUUUCGGUCACUCCUAAUCAAUGCUGUAGAGGCUUCCUGCAUCCGGACAAGGGAGCUGCAGCAUCUAGCAGACCAAGAGAAGAUCUCACCAGCAGCUAUAAAGAAGACUUUGUUGGAUAAGGUGAAGCUGGAGUCUCCUUCUCUAUCCAUGGGAUCUGCCAGCAAAGUCAGUCUGUUCACCAAUAAGAGCCACAGCAGCAAGAAGAACUGACCAGACAGCUGUCAUCCAGUUGUGCUGAACAUCGUGUCCUCCAUGCCCUUCCAUUUCUGUCUAAGGAUCAAUGCUCCCUCUGGAUGCUGGUCUCCCCCAUACCUGGCUCUUGGCCGCAGCAGCCGUGGGCAGUGCAGUGCUGUAGAAGAGGAUCUUUACUUGGAGUGGGGUUGUUGCAAACUGCUCCUGGCACUGCUGUUCCCUGUUGGGUACGGGUGAUGCCACCAUCAGAGCUUCUUCAAGGGCGUUGUUUGUCCAGAAGCAUUGGAUACUUCUAGGCAGUGGAUACUUCUAAGCAGCGGUUGUGGUGUCCCACGCAGAAAUGGUUUCUAAUGCGAUUUUUUUAAGAGGCCUCAGAAUGCCUUUUAGUCUCAAAGGUUCGAAACAGGCCUGGAUCCCUUUUCCUCCCUUUUGCAUUUGCUGUCAGAGCUUGUCUCUAGUUGCUGUCUUUAUUAGCCAGAGCAGAUGCUGCCACAAGGGUGCAGUGCUGUGUGCUGUAUUAGAGGAUUUGUCCUGAAGCACCUCUCGGUAGGGACCAAAGUGCCUCUGCCCCAUUCCCCACUUGCCUUGAUUUCGAGAGCUGGAUGGUGAGAACCUUUGGACCAUGCUCUGUUGCUCUCUUUGCUGGCCACCCCUUCUCAUUGCGCUGUCAGGGUUGGGGAACUGAACUGCUCUCACAGUCCCUUCUUUUGUUGCUGACCUGGCUUGUGCGGUUGGCAAGUGGAGGGGUAGAGAGUGCUCGCUUUUACCUCUGUCUCUGACGUCUCUUCAUGCUCCCUGUGGGCAGAAUCUGCUCCCACACACGCAUGGAUAUGUUUCAACAUUGCUGUGUUCCACGAUGCUCUCCCUGCUCUUUGCACUGCUCCUCCUGGGGCAGCCAGGAGGAGAGCUGGAGUCAAGGACAACCUUCUCCAGAGAAAGCCUCCUUCUGCACUGCUUCCUUAGACUCCAGCAGGGUUUCUACCCAGAUGCUGGGCUACUGUGGGGCAGCAGGGCUCUUCCUCGGCACCUUUCCUUGCAUCAGAGUGUGCCUCCUCCUCAGAUUGCAGUGUUGAUGACCGUGACAGUGGCUGCUCCGCUUCAGCUUGUGCGAUCCAGCUGUGUUAUAGUUGGCUGGUUGUCUCUUCCAGGCAGUGUUUCUCCCAGCAGAGCCCACAGGCUGGUGAAAUCCAGCACCACAGCUCUCAAUGUUGCAUCGUUUUGCUGGAGUUAUGUCUCUGGUUUUUAUCUAGACCGUUGCUUUGAAAGUGUUGUGCUGCUAAUGGCUGGAGAGGGGAAAUGCCUAGAAAGAAAUUUGAAGCUGCUUUGUGCAGUUGCAUUCCCAGGUCUUUAGAACACAGUGCUAAAGGGAAACACUUGAGUCAUCUCGUCUGGCUUGUGGCUGCUGUCUUGUCCUCUCUCACCUGUCCUGCUUGAGAUGCAGGAGGAAACUCAGUCCCUGCUUGACACAAAAGAGGUUCAGAGAGGGCUUGAGAGUGCCUGAUGCGUGUCCAGCAACAAGGACUCACUUGGUGAAACACAUCCAGAUGACUCCAGAGGAGGAAGAGCCUUGCUGUUCUGCUGUAGAGAAUUUCCUGAUUCUGACUCUUGAAACCAAGAAACAGCAACAAAGUGUGGGCUGUAGAAGCAGUGGUUCCUUCUACCCCUGAAACCCCGGGGUCUGGGAGGGAAGGAGUCUGGCGGGGUUGUGGUAGCAGCGAGCAGAGGGGUGGGUGCACAAGGAUUGUAGACUUGGAGGGCAGAAGGAACCAGCACUCUGAUCAGACUGAAGGUGGCUUGCGGCCUGUUGUUUAGGGCGGUUAACCUUUCCUUCAGGCACGGUCUUGGGACCCAGCACCAGAAGGACAGCAAAGAGAAGAGCGUGUUUAUUGCUUUCUGCUGUUUCUGUAUAGCCAGCGUCCCUGUGUGGCUUCCUUUCCUCCCCACUGUUCUCCCAGA